ACAGAUUCAACUCACGUCUUAUAGUGCCAGUUUAUUCAGUGAAGUUUAAAAAAUUAAAACAGUUCUCACAUCAAGAAUUUUGUUAUCAUACCUUUGUGUUUGAGGUCUACUUUAUCUUAUAUGGUUUGAUGUUAAAAACAGAAUGGAAGUGUUAAUAUUUCUUAAUUGUUUUUUUGUGUGUUCCAUUCUAAUUUUUUGAAGUUUCCAUUGUAACUCCAUGAGUGAGAUAGUUGCUUUUUUUCAAUUUCUACAAAAGUACAAUUGACAAUAGUGAAAAUUGUGAAAUAGCUUUGAACCAGCCAAAGUUAUGACGCUUUCAAUGAUGUAAGAAGACAUGUGCACCAUUCUUAAUCAUGUGCUAAUGAUGUGCUAAAGAUAUCUCAAAGUAGUUGUACUUUCCGGAAGACAAACUGGGAAUAAUCAGAAAACCAUUUUUAAGAAUAAAAUGAAAUCAAGUAAGAUCUUGUGGAAAAACUGUAUUAUUUAACCAAUGAAGGUAUUAACUGUAGGUAGUUAAUUGGCAGUUAAUUGUAGGUAGUUAAUUGUUGUCAGAAUGUUCAUCUUCCAUGCUGUAAUGGGGCCAGAUAAAGGAUUUGGUAAGUUUUUCAUACGGAUGUGUUUGACAGUUACUGUUUCAAAUGGGUCUCUCAGCGGAAGGGAACUUAAUGUAUAGUUGAUCAUUAUUUUCAUUCAAAUGUAGUGAUUACAUGAUUGGGAAGCAGGAACGUGCGUAAAAUUAAACAACCCCUAAAUACAAACUUUUGCGUAUAAAUCCUUUGUACGCAUUUUAAUUAUUUUAUUUUAUGUUUCUAUUCUAAUGUGCUGACCGCUUUUAUGCACCAGAUUUAUCUCACCAACUAUUUCAGAAAAAACAAAACACAUCAAAUCCACUUGUUUUUUUUUUAAACAAAUCCCAUGUAGAACAUUUGUCUGGAAUUUUUGUCAUGAAAUUAGUAGCAUCAUAUUUCCUUCAUCUGGAAAAACAGAAAAAAAAACACUUAUUUUUGGGGGUUGAGGUUUGCAGGGGGGGGGGGGGGUGGAAAAAAAAGUGUGAUGGUGACAGUUUGUGACAGGGGGGGGCGNGGGGGGGGGGGGGCUGAAAAAAAAGAAAGAAUGUGUUGUGAUUAUCAUUGAGUCUAUGUGCCAAAUUUCAGCCCUAUUGGUUGAUGGGAAGUGGGUCAAUUAGCCAUCCGAAGAUUUUACCACCCAGCUAGAAAGAAACACAGAAACAAAAGCAAAGUUAAUAUAAAGGAUUUAAAAAGGUGGUGGAAUAAUUUCAAGAGAGAUUUUAUAAAACUACAUCAAGUUCAUGUUUAUUUUAAGCUGUCUAUUAAUACAAAAUUAAUGCCGUUAUCAAAGUACAUUGUGUCAACAGAAGAGAAAGUCUGAUCGACCCUUUUCGAUAAUGAGAAUCAUGCUGUGUUCUCCAGAAGGUACUGUGUUUGCCCUUAGGAAGGCUACAAGGAACUUUGUUCAAACUUGGCAUCAGCUAUACAUCAGAUCACCAAUUUUUGAAGGACAUAGGUUCAUUUUCGUACCAGAUACAGGUUAGACAAGGCUUGAUUGAGCGGAUAUGUCAUCCAGUAUGACGCACUGUCAACAUUUCUGGAUGUUAUGUAAGAGUAUUCAGACUUUUAUAGAAAUGAGUGGUUCUCCGAAGAAAGUCACAUUCACUUACAGGUCGAUAAGACACUCUCUUCCGUUGAUGGGGUACUUUUCUAGAACAGUGUUAGUCAUGAGGUAUUUUCUUCUUCCACCUUUUUACAAACACUGUCACCCACAACAUUUUGCUCAAUUAGAAUACUUUGUCCUUCCCAGAGAAAGCCAUGUCCAACAACAACUGCCCAACAUAUCAUCCUUUUUUUCAAGGUGCGGCAGCUUCAGUACUGCUAGUUUUAGCGCAUUCUCUCCCAUAUUAUGAUAACUGUGGUAUUAUUUCAUUAUGAUUCAUAGAAUAAAUAUCCUAUAAUCCAGGCUGGCUGCGACUAUUUCACCUCGUUCUACUUUGCAAGCCUCUGACCUCAUCUUUUCUGUGUGACCCUUCUGUGACCCCAAACAUCACUAACAAGAGUGAGUACCAGUAAAGAUUUUGGUGAGCGGGAUUGGGUGGGUUUUGUGGGGGGGGGGGGGGGGGGAAAAAUAUAAACAAAGGGAUCUGUUUUGAUUAAGAAGAAUCCAAGAUGACUAGGUAAGAUAUGACAUGUUUAAAAAAUUCCGUUUUGGGUCUCAUACAAUAAAACUUGUACCGUAAGGGGGGACACAAGAACUUCUCAACCAUAUUUGAUGUAUAAAAUUUUAAGUUCAAUGUGCAAAAGUCUUUAAGUUGUAAAAUUACUCUUCUUCUUCUUCUAUAUCUUAAGGGCCCACGAUCAAUUUAUUGAUCAUUUUGGCUCCUAUGCAUGUAGAUGGGAUUUGCAAUGUUUCUGUUCCAGGUGUUGAUGAGGAAAUUUCACAGAUUUCCAGUACUAAUUAGCAAACUCUGGAUAGAUUUAACAGGCUAAAAAUAAAUGCCCCUCUAAACCUUUUAUAGCGAAAAGGUGAACUAUACAAGUGCUGCAUGCUAUCACAAUCAAUAUUACGAGUGCAUCUUUAAAGCAGUAUACAUGCAUGUUAAUUCUUAAAUGCAAGUUUAGAUACACUUAAAAACUUAAAUUUCCACAGGCUAAACCUAAAACUGGGUUUCUCCAGAUGUGAAAACAUUAUUAUAAAAAUUGUUUAUGUUUAUUUUUAGCUCCACGUCUCCCAAACAUAACCAGCAGCUAUGUCGCUUACAUGGAAGUAUGGAACUCUCACUCCCAGAAAAUUGGAUACAUGGAGGAAUACGUGGACCAAGACAACAACAUGGCAGCUGUUAGGCAAUAUGGCCAGUAUGACCCUGGUGAUGUUUACACACAUAUAACAGACUACAACACAAGCCAAGUGUUUACCAUAGCACAGACAAAUCAAGGUUCAUUGUUUUAUUUUUUCUAUGUUCACCAUAGCACAGGCAGUUAAAGGUCUUCCAUUGUUUCUAUGUUCACCAUGGCAUGGGAAGCUAAAGGUCUUUCAUUGUUUCUAUGUUCACAAUGGCAUGGGCAGCUAAAGGUCUUUCAUUGCUUCUAUGUUGACCAUGGCAUGGGCAGCUAAAGGUCUUUCAUUGUUUCUAUGUUCACCAUAGCACGGUGGCUAAAGGUCUUUCAUUGUUUCUAUGUUCACCGUAGCACCGGCAACUAAAGGUCUUUCAUUGUUUCUAUGUUCACCGUAGCACCGGCAGCUAAAGGUCUUUCAUUGUUUCUAUGUUCACUAUGGCAUGGGCAGCUAAAGGUCUUUCAUUGUUUCUAUGUUCACUAUGGCAUGGGCAGCUAAAGGUCUUUCAUUGUUUCUAUGUUCACCAUAGCACAGGUAGCUAAAGGUCUUUCAUUGUUUCUAUGUUCACCAUGGCAUGGGCAGUUAAAGAUCUUUCAUUGUUUCUAUGUUCACUAUGGCAUGGGCAGCUAAAGGUCUUUCAUUGUUUCUAUGUUCACUAUGGCAUGGGCAGCUAAAGGUCUUUCAUUGUUUCUAUGUUCACCAUGGCAUGGGCAGCUAAAGGUCUUUCAUUGUUUCUAUGUUCACCAUGGCAUGGGCAGCUAAAGGUCUUUCAUUGUUUCUAUGUUCACCAUAACAGGGGUGGCUAAAGGUCUUUCAUUGUUUCUAUGUUCACCAUGGCAUGGGAAGCUAAAGGUCUUUCAUUGUUUCUAUGUUCACCAUGGCAUGGGCAGCUAAAGGUCUUUCAUUGUUUCUAUGUUCACCGUAGCACAGGUAGCUAAAAGUCUUUCAUUGUUUCUAUGUUCACCAUGGCAUGGGCAGCUAAAGGUCUUUCAUUGUUUCUAUGUUCACCAUAACAGGGGUGGCUAAAGGUAUUUCAUUGUUUCAGUGUUCGCUGUACCAGAAGUACAGGCAGCUAAAGGUCUUUCAUUUUUUCUGUUGGUUACAAUCAGAGGCUAAAAAUCCAACUUGUGGAGGUGGUUUUGGCUUAACAAUCUUAGAUUAGAGCCUUAGAUUUGGGCUUUAUAUUAGGGCAUUAGUUAGGCCCCUAGAUUAGGGCAUUAGAUUAGGGAAUUGUUUUAGCCUUAGUAUUUUUAUUUCAAAUUUGAUCCUGGCAAAUUGAAGACAUCUUCAGAAAAUUCUUGAAAUGUAGGCACCCAGCCCACCUGUUAGUUACAUCUCCAGUGGUAGUGGUUUAGCCGAGCCCACCUGUUAGUUACAUCUCCAAUGGUAGUGGUUUGGCCUAGCUCACCUGUUAGUUACAUCUCCAAUGGUAGUGGUUUGGCCUAGCCCACCUGUUAGUUACAUCUCCAAUGGUAGUGGUUUGGCCUAGCCCACCUGUUAGUUACAUCUCCAAUGGUAGUGGUUUGGCCAAGCCCACCUGUUAGUUACAUCUCCAAUGGUAGUGGUUUGGCCUAGCCCACCUGUCAGUUACAUCUCCAAUGGUAGUGGUUUGGCCUAGCACCUGUCAGUUACAUCUCCAAUGGUAGUGGUUUGGCCUAGCCCACCUGUUAGUUACAUCUCCAAUGGUAGUGUUUUGGCCUAGCCCACCUGUUGGUUACAUCUCCAAUGGUAGUGUUUUGGCCUAGCCCACCUGUCGGUUACAACUCCAAUGGUAGUGUUUGGCCUAGCCCACAUGUCAGUUACAUCUCCAAUGGUAGUGUUUUGGCCUAGCUCACCUGUUGGUUACAUCUCCAAUGGUAGUGUUUUGGCCUAGCCCACCUGUCAGUUACAACUCCAAUGGUAGUGUUUUGGCCUAGCCCACAUGUCAGUUACAUCUCCAAUGGUAGUGUUUUGGCCUAGCUCACCUGUUAGUUACAUCUCCAAUGGUAGUGUUUUGGCCUAGCUCACCUGUUAGUUACAUCUCCAAUGGUAGUGUUUUGGCCUAGCCCACCUGUUAGUUACAUCUCCAAUGGUAGUGGUUUGGCCUAGCUCACCUGUUAGUUACAUCUCCAAUGGUAGUGGUUUGGCCUAGCUCACCUGUUAGUUACAUCUCCAAUGGUAGUGGUUUGGCCUAGCUCACCUGUUAGUUACAUCUCCAAUGGUAGUGGUUUGGCCUAGCUCACCUGUUAGUUACAUCUCCAGUGGUAGUGUCUUGGCCUAGCCCACCUGUUGGUUACAUCUCCAGUGGUAGUGUCUUGGCCUAGCCCACUUGUUGGUUACAUCUCCAGUGGUAGUGUCUUGGCCUAGCCCACCUGUUGGUUAAAUCUCCAGUGGUAGUGUCUUGGCCUAGCCCACCUGUCGGUUACAUCUCCAGUGGUAGUGUCUUGGCCUAGCUCACCUGUUAGUUACAUCUCCAAUGGUAGUGUCUUGGCCUAGCUCACCUGUUAGUUACAUCUCCAGUGGUAGUGUCUUGGCCUAGCCCACCUGUCGGUUCCAUCUCCAAUGGUAGUGUCUUGGCCUAGCCCACCUGUUGGUUACAUCUCCAGUGGUAGUGUGUUGGCCUAGCUCACCUGCUGGUUACAUCUCCAAUGGUAGUGUCUUGGCCUAGCUCACCUGUCGGUUACAUCUCCAAUGGUAGUGUCUUGGCCUAGCCCACCUGUUGGUUACAUCUCCAGUGGUAGUGUCUUGGCCUAGCCCACCUGUUGGUUACAUCUCCAGUGGUAGUGUCUUGGCCUAGCCCACCUGUUGGUUACAUCUCCAGUGGUAGUGUCUUGGCCUAGCCCACCUGUUGGUUACAUCUCCAGUGGUAGUGUCUUGGCCUAGCCCACCUGUUGGUUACAUCUCCAGUGGUAGUGUCUUGGCCUAGCCCACCUGUUGGUUACAUCUCCAGUGGUAGUGUCUUGGCCUAGCCCACCUGUUGGUUACAUCUCCAGUGGUAGUGUCUUGGCCUAGCCCACCUGUUGGUUACAUCUCCAGUGGUAGUGUCUUGGCCUAGCCCACCUGUUGGUUACAUCUCCAGUGGUAGUGUCUUGGCCUAGCCCACCUGUUGGUUACAUCUCCAGUGGUAGUGUCUUGGCCUAGCCCACCUGUUGGUUACAUCUCCAGUGGUAGUGUCUUGGCCUAGCCCACCUGUUGGUUACAUCUCCAGUGGUAGUGUCUUGGCCUAGCCCACCUGUUGGUUACAUCUCCAGUGGUAGUGUCUUGGCCUAGCCCACCUGUUGGUUACAUCUCCAGUGGUAGUGUCUUGGCCUAGCCCACCUGUUGGUUACAUCUCCAGUGGUAGUGUCUUGGCCUAGCCCACCUGUUGGUUACAUCUCCAGUGGUAGUGUCUUGGCCUAGCCCACCUGUUGGUUACAUCUCCAGUGGUAGUGUCUUGGCCUAGCCCACCUGUUGGUUACAUCUCCAGUGGUAGUGUCUUGGCCUAGCCCACCUGUUGGUUACAUCUCCAGUGGUAGUGUCUUGGCCUAGCCCACCUGUUGGUUACAUCUCCAGUGGUAGUGUCUUGGCCUAGCCCACCUGUUGGUUACAUCUCCAGUGGUAGUGUCUUGGCCUAGCCCACCUGUUGGUUACAUCUCCAGUGGUAGUGUCUUGGCCUAGCCCACCUGUCGGUUACAUCUCCAAUGGUAGUGUCUUGGCCUAGCCCACCUGUCGGUUACAUCUCCAGUGGUAGUGUCUUGGCCUAGCUCACCUGCUGGUUACAUCUCCUAUGGUAGUGUCUUGGCCUAGCCCACCUUUUAGUUACAUCUCCAAUGGUAGUGUCUUGGCCUAGCCCACCUGUUAGUUACAUCUCCAAUGGUAGUUUUUUGGCCUAGCCCACCUGUUAGUUACAUCUUCAAUGGUAGUGGUUUGGCCUAGCCCAUCUGUUAGUUACAUCUCCAGUGGUAGUGUGUUGGCCUAGCUCACCUGCUGGUUACAUCUCCAAUGGUAGUGUCUUGGCCUAGCUCACCUGUCGGUUACAUCUCCAAUGGUAGUGUCUUGGCCUAGCCCACCUGUUGGUUACAUCUCCAGUGGUAGUGUCUUGGCCUAGCUCACCUGUUGGUUACAUCUCCAGUGGUAGUGUCUUGGCCUAGCUCACCUGUUGGUUACAUCUCCAGUGGUAGUGUCUUGGCCUAGCUCACCUGUUAGUUACAUCUCCAGUGGUAGUGUCUUGGCCUAGCCCACCUGUUAGUUACAUCUCCAAUGGUAGUGGUUUGGCCUAGCUCACCUGUUAGUUACUGCUCCAGUGGUAGUGUCUUGGCCUAGCCCACCUGUUAGUUACAUCUCCAAUGGUAGUGGUUUGGCCUAGCCCAUCUGUUAGUUACAUCUCCAAUGGUAGUGGUUUGGCCUAGCCCACCUGUUAGUUACAUCUUCAAUGGUAGUGGUUUGGCCUAGCUCACCUGUUAGUUACAUCUCCAGUGGUAGUGUCUUGGCCUAGCCCACCUGUUGGUUACAUCUCCAGUGGUAGUGUCUUGGCCUAGCCCACCUGUUAGUUACAUCUCCAAUGGUAGUGUCUUGGCCUAGCCCACCUGUUAGUUACAUCUCCAAUGGUAGUGGUUUGGCCUAGCCCACCUGUUAGUUACAUCUCCAAUGGUAGUGGUUUGGCCUAGCUCACCUGUUGGUUACAUCUCCAGUGGUAGUGUGUUGGCCUAGCCCACCUGUUAGUUACAUCUCCAAUGGUAGUGUCUUGGCCUAGCUCACCUGUCGGUUACAUCUCCAGUGGUAGUGUGUUGGCCUAGCUCACCUGUGGGUUACAUCUCCAGUGGUAGUGUCUUGGCCUAGCUCACCUGUUGGUUACAUCUCCAGUGGCAGUGUCUUGGCCUAGCCCACCUGUUGGUUACAUCUCCAGUGGUAGUGUCUUGGCCUAGCCCACCUGUCGGUUACAUCUCCAAUGUUAGUGUCUUGGCCUAGCCCACCUGUUGGUUACAUCUCCAGUGGUAGUGUGUUGGCCUAGCUCACCUGUCGGUUACAUCUCCAGUGGUAGUGUCUUGGCCUAGCCCACCUGUUAGUUACAUCUCCAAUGGUAGUGUCUUGGCCUAACUCACCUGUCGGUUACAUCUCCAGUGGUAGUGUGUUGGCCUAGCCCACCUGUCUGUCAUUUUGAACAGAGCAUUGAAGUUGGUCCAAUUUAACCAGCAUAGUUUCUAUGAAAAUAUACAGUAGAUGGAAUGUAUCACCUAGCAGUGGUACCUACUUUUAUUUAAUGCCCAUGGUAGUUGACUCUGGCCCCAUUCUAUGUCCCUGACUAAAGACACUUUGUAUUAGUUGACUGUUGCCCCAUUCUAUGUCCCUGACUAAAGACAGUAUGUAUUAGUUGACUGUUGCCCCAUUCUAUGUCCCUGACUAAAGACAGUAUGUAUUAGUUGACUGUUGCCCCAUUCUAUGUCCUGACUAAAGACAGUAUGUAUUAGUUGACUUAUGCCCCAUUCUAUGUCCCUGACUAAAGACACUUUGUAUUAGUUGACUGUUUUCCAUUCUAUGUCCUGACUAAAGACAGUAUGUAUUAGUUGACUGUUGCCCCAUUUUAUGUCCCUGACUAAAGACACUUUGUAUUAGUUGACUGUUGCCCCAUUCUAUGUCCCUGACUAAAGACAGUGUAUACUAGUUUACUGUUGCCCCAUUCUAUGUCCCUGACUAAAGACACUUUGUAUUAGUUGACUGUUGCCCCAUUCUAUGUCCCUGACUAAAGACAGUGUAUACUAGUUUACUGUUGCCCCAUUCUAUGUCCCUGACUAAAGACACUUUGUAUUAGUUGACUGUUGCCCCAUUCUAAGUCCCUGACUAAAGACAGUGUAUACUAGUUUACUGUUGCCCCAUUCUAUGUCCCUGACUAAAGACACUUUGUAUUAGUUGACUGUUGCCCCAUUCUAUGUCCCUGACUAAAGACAGUGUAUACUAGUUUACUGUUGCCCCAUUCUAUGUCCCUGACUAAAGACACUUUGUAUUAGUUGACUGUUGCCCCAUUCUAUGUCCCUGACUAAAGACAGUGUAUACUAGUUUACUGUUGCCCCAUUCUAUGUCCCUGACUAAAGACACUUUGUAUUAGUUGUAAACAUUUUACAGUUUAAAAAAACAACACCAUAUAAUUUGAAGAUAAUAGAAAGAAAAAAAACAAUUGACCACUUAGCAGACAGCCAUUUUGUCCAGUGGCAAGGCUAAGUUAAAUUUUGGGAUGGGCCAAAGUUUUGCCCAUCCUCCCAGGAAAAAUGAAAAGAUGCAGACUGGUCAAAAUUCUGCCCCUCCAUAUACAGAAAACAUUGCCGCCAGGGACUGACCGCUCCCUCCACACCAUCCUCCUUCCUACGCCACUGCUUGUUUCAUUAUUGUACAAGAGUUUAUCAAAGGUUUGCUAUGCACUCCUCUCACCUCCACUUUCAAACCCCUAAUCCACUGUGUGAGAGAUCAAUGGAUUUCUAGAGUUGUGCCUCGUGGUUAAAUUUACAGAGAGUUUUAAGGACAAUAAUAUAUUAAUAUUUUAUACAAAAUUUAACUCAUCUCUUUUUCAAGUGUAAAACAUUUCACAGCCUUCAAUUCGUUUUUACAUUGUCAUUAACGGUUUUUCCUACUUUCCACAGGAGUGACGUGUACAGUCACAGAGAUCAACAGUUAUGACGUUUUCAUCCUUCCAUACAAUCUGGUCAACAAUAAAAGUAAUGGAAACUUUUGAAAUUAUUUGUUAAUUGUUGGACAAAGUGACGGAAUUUUUUUCUGACCAAUCAGAGUAAAAUAAAGGGAAACAAACCAGUCAACUAAAAGGACAAAAGGAAAACAAAGGGAGCAAAACCAUUGAUAAAGUUGACUCAACGCAAUGAGCUUCUCAAAAGCUUUUUAAAUUCUAUGUUAAUGAUAAUAAUAAUAAUAAAGUUCAUUUCAAAAACACGCUUCAUCCCCAAAGUCUCGAAGCGCAGUACAAAGUCAACAAAAAACAUAUCUAUAAUUUACCACAUUUAAAACAAACGCAACACUACAAAAACUAAUUACAAGCAUACAAUCUCAAAGUCUUUCUAGCCAUUUCAACCCAAAGCAACACAGCCAUUAUGCAUUAACUGGAAAAUAAGGUUGACAAUCAUCCCAGAAGGUGUUUGCGAAAUAGAUGUGUCUUUAGAUCGGUUUUAAAGGAUCCAGUGUCUGGUUGUUUCUAAGAUCGACAGGAAGGGCCAGUAAAUGAUAGGACCAGUAAAGAAUUGUGUACACUUUAUGAUAAUUUGUGCUUUAUCUUUCUAUGGUUGGAUCAAAAUACUGCUUAAACAGGGGUCUCAAACUCACGGCCCAUUUGCAGCCAGCUAUUUGACAGCAAAGUUUAGCGGCAGGCAUUUUCCCCAUUCUCAUAUCUAUAAGGUGACCCUCAACGGCUGUUUCUGUGGAAUCUCACUGACUAAUCUAAUUCUGAUUUUUAUUAUGUUUGUUUAGGUUUGGACGUUGAUUAUAAUGGUAAAAACCAUUAUAAAUCGGACUAAAGUUUUUUUUAUUUAUUAGCAUUAUAUGAGACAAACAUUUAAAACAUGGCCAAAGUGCAGUUUUGAGAAAACGCGCUCGAAUAUUGUAUAGAAAUAUAUCAAAAGUUUAAAAAGUCAGUUAGUGGUUAAUGCACAACCAUAAUUAAUUCUGUAAGUUGUAGCAAUCUGACACAGUGUUAAAGAAUCCCUACUAAAAUUGCCGCCAGUGUGUAAGAGUGAGGGGUGAGGAGUGAGGGGAAUUCUGAUCAUGUCAGCUUGGUCACUUUCUCAAUAGGGUUUAAAAAAAAUUCAAAAUUCAUUCUCCCUACAAUAGCAUCUUCCUUCACAUCAAUAGUUCACAUAUAUGGCCUGCUUUUGUCUUCUGUUUGAACAUGGUUUAGUUUUAAAAUCGCCAGUGGGAAUGGCCAAAUGUUUAUCUUCAUUUUAUUCUUUUUCGUCUCACCAGAAGCUCAUUAUUUUCAGAGCAUUUAUUAGCUGAAUACUUUUACUUUAGAUCAGCGGGAAUGCUGUUAACAACGAUGCGCAAUGUGAUGGCUUAGUUCUGUUAACGACGAUGCGCAAUGUGAUGGCUUAGUUCUGUUAACGACGAUGCGCAAUGUGACGGCUUAGUUCUUGAGAUACCUUAAUGUUUUUAAUUGUUAUUAAUAAAGGUUGAGUGGAUUGUAACAGUUGUACUUUAUUGAAUUAGUAAUUGCGUUUUUGUGGAAUAUUUGAUGCGGUCCAGUCUCACUCAGACUCCUACCUUCUGCGGCCCCCCGGAUAAUAUGAGUUUGAGACCCCUGCUCUUAAGUGUCUUAAGUAUUCAAAUCUCCCCCCCCCCACCCCAAACCUCCAGCUAUCCUGACCCAAACUUUCUUUUCCCUAUUGAUGAAGCUUAAAGAAAAUAUUAGAAAGAAAAUGUUUUUGUUUUUUGAAGGUAGAUNCCCCCCCCCCCACACACAAACACACACACACACACACACUUUCAAAGUCACCAAAUGCUGUGUCUAUCUAAUCGUGGUUUCAAUUUUUUUAUUUAUGCAAUGUUUAUCCAUAGUUGAAUAAAAUUUUGUUUAUUAAUUUUUUUUUUCUUCUCUUUUUUCAGAACACCUUGUUAGCACAUCGGCUCUGCUUCAGUUCGGCGGUGGGCUCGCCAUGAGCUACCUGGGUCCUGAGCAGGUCAGGGGUAAGGCUGCCGACCACUGGCAGGGUUGUUCCAGAGACAACAUCACACUUGUGACAACCAUGAACGAUAUUUAUUUCACAGGUCAGUUGUUUUGCCCAGCAAUCAACUAAUUCGUACAGGCACAGCCAUAUCAAUUUUAACAUUAUAAGUGAUAUGGUUUUCCUAGGUGAAGAAUGUGACCUCACUAAUUCAUAUAGGUACAGCAUAUAAAUUUCAACACACAAGUAAUAUGUUUUUGCUUCGGGAAGAAGAUAUGCAUAGAGUUGAGUUGAGAGAUUAAUAUGAUACACGAAUGGGAUGGCCCGCUGGGCUUCUCAGAUUUUGGGCCCUUUCAGUGAACUGGCCAUACAAAUUACAUUGCUGACAACACUUCCCUCUCCUUACCAGCAAAUGGCUGGGGCACAGCCAACAGUGAGGAUCCCACCCCACUCCUGACAAAGAUGACACAGCUCAUUCCCAGCCCUGGUCAAGAAUUCCAGGAAUCUAUACAAAGGGAUUUUGUAUUUUUCCAGACCUCCAUCAGAGACAGAUCCAUCUUUCAGGUUUGUCAAUUUUCAUAUCAGUGCUGAAUGAAUUUGGACAUUUUGGGUGUAUGAAUUUGGACAUUUUUGAGUGUGUGAAUGGGACAUUUUGGGUGUAUGAAUAGGACAUUUUGGGUGUAUGAAUGGGACAUUUUGGGUGUAUGAAUGGGACAUUUGGGUGUCUGAAUGGGACAUUUUGGGUGUCUGAAUGGGACAUUUUGGGUGUAUGAAUGGGACAUUUUGGGUGUAUGAAUGGGACAUUUUGGGUUGGGUUACUAUUUCUAUAAGCUGAUGUGUUUGAGGAAUUAAAGGGUGUUCAAAUAAAUAGCUCCAGGGAAAUUUACAUACACAAUCACAAAGACAUUAAUUUAACAACAAAAAGAUAGUACACAUAAUUUAAUAUAACAACAUAAAGAUAGUACACAUAAUAUAAUUUAAUGAUGGUACACAUAAUUUAAUUUAACAAUAUAAAGAUGUACACAUGAUUUAAUUUCAAACCUUAAAGAUGGUACUAAAUUUUUUUUUUAAAUUGUUCACAGAAAAUGUUAGAUGAUUUGAGACAGAGACAGACAGACGGAUAGUACACAUUUAAGAAAAAAGAUUUUUUACAUAUAGAGAGCUAUUUUAAAGUGCCAAUGUGUGAACCAUUUUGAAACAUAUCCGAGUUUAGUAAAUAUUCAAAUUUAGGCAUCUAUGUAAUAUAAACAAAACUAGUCAAGAAAUUGGCAAAACUUAUGAAAAUAUUUUCUCCCUAGCAAAAAAAAUUUUCUUUUAAAAUAAAUACUUUCCCCCACACCAUCCAAAAAUCUACUGUGAAAAACAAUUAGUUUAGAGCAUUAAUGUUGAUUUCUAUCUUAAAAACUAAAUUUAUUAAUUGAUAAUGGCAUAUACACAGUAAUAUUUUUCUCUUUCUUACUUCAGUUACCGUCAGCUAUGUACUGCGAGGGGAGGAAAUCCUCCAAACCAUUUCCUAACAUUCCUGACAACUUUCAGUUCCAGUCAGAGUUCAUUGCCCUUCACCUCCAUGAAGUCGGCAGAUAUGAUGUAAGUUAGAGUUCAUUGCCCUUCACCUCCAUGAAGUCGGCAGAUAUGCUGUAAGUUAUUGCGCUUCACCUCCAUGAAGUGUGCAGAUUUGAUGUAAGUAAACAAUGAAUUAUCUGUACAUAUCCGUGCCGAUGCUGAAGGCCAAGAAUGCCAUAAUAAAGACUCACUAAUUAUUGCCACAGGGCAAAUAGAAUGAGAGGAAGACCACUGAACAAGAAAUAAGGGAUCGUGGAAAGAAAUGGAAUUGGUAGGAAGGUUCGGCUCAGUAUAGAUAUAAAUGGGAAGAAUUAGAGAUUGACUACAUUUUCUGCCAUGUAAUUGAACAUUGCAAUACUUUGAGUACAUUCCACCUGCCCUGCUACCCAACCCACAUGACAUUAGCCCUCUGGCCGGGGUUCACAUCUUUUUUUUGGAACCACUCCUAAAUGCACCACAUUGAUAAUAAUAAAUAAAUUCAAAUUAGAUUUUAUAAUGAAAUUAUGACAGCAGUAUUUACAUUACUUAUUUAAUCUUUAUCUCUGACAUGGUUCUGUUUGAUUACCAAUAUAUUUGCUGGACAGAGUCAUCUUUCCUCAGGUUUGGUAUAACAAGAACGCCAAGCUUGUGCGCACUGAUUCCAAACCUUUGCCUGGGGAUGGCGCUGUAUUAAAAUUCUCCCCAAGGACAACAAUCAGGGAUUAUAACACAGGUGGUUAAAGUGAAUUAUCUAUUCUUGUCCAUCCAGUUCAAGUAUCUUAACGUAAAUAACUCAUUAAUUUUGUCUAUUAUUUUAAUUUGUUUCCCCCAUUUUUUUUUUUACUACCGGUACUGAAGUAAUUUUUAUCAACUUGUUUGACUUUGCAUAAAAUUUAUUACAAUAGUUUAAAUCAUUGAUUAUGUUUUUUUAUUAAAUUUUUUCAGGCAUUGAAUAUAUAACAGACCUGCAGACAGGAGGCUGUGAGGUGACACCAGUCGUUCCAGAUAGGUCUAGUAGCUUGUUGGUAGAUUUCAGACUUGUGGGCAUGAUGUCACCCAUAGAGUUGUUCAACCUUGACAAAGACAACUUCACAUACUCUGGCCAGGUUUCUGAAUCAAAUGACCUCUGUUGUCUGCCUUUUUUAAAAAAUUCUCAUUUAUCUAUGAUUUUAAGUUUAAGUAUAUGUGUAUAUAUAUAUAUAUACAUAUAUAUAUACAUAUAUAUUUUUUUUUUUUUUUUUUUUGUUUUUUUUUUAAAAUUUUUUUUUUUAUUUUUUUUUUUUUUUUUUUUUGGUUAAUUUUUAAAAAUUUUUUUAUUAAAGUUAUCUUAGUGAAUACAAGCAUUUAAUUACAGCUUUAUUUUGGGAGACUUUUUUUUUUUUACAAUUAUUUUAUAUGCUGAUAUUUACUGACAUCAAAAAAUACAAUCAUCCAGGAUGUAGUGUUACAUGAGUACUGAUCUGUAGCCAUGAAUGUUGCUAAUGAAAUCUCAUGUAAGAUGCAAUCAGCUAAUUUUUUUCACCAAUAAUAAAUUACACAUUGCGCCUUUCAUGCACAUUCUUUUCUUUCAGUCGCCAGUUUUUCUGUUAGCUUUGAUUUUUAUUUAAUCUGUUAGCUUUGAUUUUUGUUUUUUGUGUUAGCUUUGAUCUUUGUUUUUUGUGUUAGCUUUGAUCUUUGUUUUUUUCUGUAAGCUUUGAUUUUUUUUCUUUUUUUUUUUUCUGUUAGCUUUGUUGUUUGUUCUGAGCUAAUGUUAAAAGGGGGUUAUUUAGUUUUGUACCUUGGUUUACACAAAGAUGGCCCAGUGCCUUGGUUUGUAUAACUCACUUUUUUGUUUUUUUUGAUUUUUUUUUUUUUUUUUUUUUUUUUUUUUUUUUUUUUUUUUUUUUUUUUUUUUUUUUUUUUUUUUUUUUUUUUUUUUUUUUUUUUUUUUUUUUUUUUUUGUUUUUUUUUUUUUUUUUUUUUUCUGUUAGCUUUGAUGUUUGUUCUGAGCUAAUGUUAAAAGGGGGUUAUUUAGUUUUGUACCUUGGUUUACACAAAGAUGGCCCAGUGCCUUGGUUUGUAUAACUCACAAGAAGGGGGACAACUGGUGUGUACACUUGCACUGGUUUCUGUCUUACAUACUCGACAAAGCCAUAUAAAGUUGGUGACUAAAUUAAUGACUGGAACAAACACAUUUUCAAGACUGUUCAUGCAAUCCUAGUUAGGUCUUAUGGUUAACUUUCAUAGGUAAAUUAAGACUUCUUUUGGAUUGGCACAGAUUUUUUUAUAGGGUAUUUAUUAUUUAUAUAUUUUUUUAAAAUCCGUAGACGGUUGUUCGAGGAAUCAACACUGAUACAUGGAUUGGGAAAAGAACAGGACUGGACAGUGAAGAGAACACAACAUUUAUAUGGACGUGGCAUUUUACAACUGUAAUAAUAACAUUGAGACGUAAAAAUAUUUUUAACAUCACUGUCGGUAACCUUAAAGAGUAACAUAUAUUAUCAUUAGCUUUUAGUUUGUUUUUAUUUUGCUUUAUGUAGAUUUGAGUUUUCUUAUUUAAUGAAAUUAAAUAAACAGGAUGAGUGGUCCUCAAUUCGAUACGGAGAAGACAUGAAAACUGUUCCUAUACAACUGGCCAUAAAUUCCGCAGAGGUGAGAAAUUCAAUAACACUUUGUUAUAAAGAAUGUAGCAUUUAUAAUUAGUGCAGGGGUCUCCAAACUAAGGCCCGCGGGCCGCAUGCAGCCUGCAGCCCGUGAGACCCUCUCAUGCGGCCAGCGGAGACCUUUUUGUCUACGGAAAAAAAAUUAGCAAAUUUACGUGCAUUCUGCCAAGAUCAGCCGCUGCUUACGUGGGUGGACGUUAUGUGUUUACCGAAUUAAAAUAGAGGCGUGCAUUUUUUUCGAACCAAUCAUUACUUUGCAAAACCUUGUUCGCUGCAUAGUUUUUCUACUUUUGUUCAGUCAAUGAGAUGAUAUAACGCCAUCUAGUGGCGGCCGUGUUGCAGACAUGAGUGAAAACAUUGCGACUCAAAUAGCAAAAAAAGUUUCGCCAAUUUUUAAUUGGAAUGGAUGAAUCGCUGGACAGCUGUUCCACCUCUCAACUGCUUUUGUUCGUUAGAGGUGUGGAUGAAGACAUGAACACAACACAAGUGCUGGCUUCCCCACAUAGCAUGUACGACACUGUUACGGGAGAGAAUAUAUUCAAUGAGUUGAAAAUAACAUUUGCUGAUUAUAACUUGGACUGGACUAACCUCAGUUGCCUGACUGUUUACGGAGGAAAUAACAUGAGUGGCAUAAAGAAAGGCUUGGUUGUACAAGUGAAGCAGAUGUGUAAUGAGAAAAAAAUUCUGCAACCAAUGUUCCUGCACUGUAUUAUUCAGCAGAAAGCUUUGUGUGAAAAAUAUGUGGACAUUAGCAGUGUACUGAAUCCUGUGGUAAAGUGGGUUAAUUUAAUAAGGUCACAUGGGCUCAACCAUAGACAGUUCAGAGACCUGUUGAAAGAUACAGACACAGAAUCGCAAGAUUUACCAUAUUACAUGCAAUAAGAUGGCCAAGUUGUGAGAAAGUUAUGAGCAGAGUAUUUAAGUUAAGAAAGGAAAUAAGUGACUUCGUGGGAAGUAAAGGCAAGCCACAGCCAUUAGUGCCUGAUGAAGAGGGGGUAUGGAAAUUGGUUUUUGCUGCAGACAUAACUAGUCAUUUAAAUGUUUUGAACCUAAAACUACAAAGAGAGAAAAAUCUAGUUUCUGAUCUACACACCCACAAAAGGCCUUCAGAUCCAAACUCGUCUUCUUUUUGGAACAAGUACAGGCCAACAGCUUGACACACUUUCAGCAGUGGAAGGUCGUCAUGGCUGAAGCAACAGCGGAGUUCCCCAUGUCAUUUGCAUGCAAGAUCAUCAAAGACCCCCUGCUGCAGUUUCAGCAGUGGUUUUCUGACUUGGAUUUUAUUUUUAAGGUAGAAGAAGUGAGAAUUUUUCAAAACCCAUUUGAAGCAGAUGUGGCCAGUGGCCCAGAUGAAAUGCAGCUGGCGGUCAUUGAGUUGAAAGCAAACGACCUCCUUAGGGAAAAGUUCAAAGAAGGACCGGUGGGUUUUUAACUAGUUUUAGCCCAAGGAAGACUUUCCUAAUUUCAAAAUGUUUGCAUCAAGGUACCUUUCAAUCUUUGGAACAACAUGCCGGUGUGAACAAACAUUUUCAAGAACGAAAUACGUGAAGAACAAUUUGAGAACAAAUUUGUCCGAUGAUAAUCUCCGGUCACUGUUGAUGUUAGGGACAUCAAAUCUAAAUCCAGAAAUGGCUCAUAAUCACUGCUAUUUUGGCAUCCAGGAAAAAAUUUGACCAUUCCCACUAACACAUGUGUUCAUGUAUCAAUGUGUUAUUAAAUAAAAACUGAAUGAAAAAUAAAUACAUACAUAAUAAAAAAAAAAUCCAUGUUUUGAUUCUUUCUUAUUUGGACCUCGAGUGUGUAUUCGGCCCCCAACCUGCUGUUUGAUAGCUAAUGCGGCCCUCGGGCUGAAAAGUUUGGAGACCCCUGAAUUAGUGUGACAAAAUAUAGUCACCAAUGUUGAUUCUGUAAUAAAUCCUGUUCAUUAUAUUAUAUAAGGUGAUGAUAAAAUAAAUCAAACUAGGUCAUCCGCUAUGUGUGAGCGCUGUGGUUACUCGCUGCUUGCAAAGUUCUGAUGAUGUCAAAUCUUUUUUUUUUAAAUUAAUUCAUUAGGAAAUAGUAAUUUAAUCCCCCCCCCCCAUCCCUGAAACAUACUUUUACUGUGAUUUAGUCCUGGAUAAAGUUCUGAUGAUGUUAAAACUUUUUUUUUUAAAUUAAUUCAUUAGGAAAUAGUAAUUUAAUCCCCCCCCCCCAUCCCUGAAACAUACUUUUACUGUGAUUUAGUCCUGGACAAUCUGUUUCUUUGUAACUCCAACACCCGGCUACCAAAAUUAAAUUGAAUGAUCAGAUCAUUUGUGUUAUGAUUUCCCAGAAAGAUCUUCAUUACGUCUACAAUAUUUACGACUUCAGCCCAAAUGAUCUAGAUCUGAACAUCUUUGAUGUGACAAGUUGUUACCGCGAUGUAGAUUACCAUCAAAUUCAUUUUUGCCUUGAAGGUAAAUUGGCCCACCUGUCCUCUUGGUGACCAUGGUAAAUAAGUUUGGUUUUUUUUAAAAGUUGGAAUAACUUCAUUAUUUCAAAUAUUUUCUAUAGAAUUAGAAACUUAGAAUGCUGCAGUAUCUGGAUUUUUAUGUGUGAAGUGUUCUGAUGUAUUAUUUUAAGUUUUGUUUUCAAUCAACUGACCCAAUUUGUAGAUAUCUAUCUAUAUAAUUUGCCAGCAAAGGUCAAACAAGACGCAGGCAAAUAUAGAUACGCCAGAGCAAGCAAGACGCAGGCAAACCCUCCCCUCGCUUGCCAGCCAGCUCGCAGCGUCUGCUAAGCCGCGGGUCAGCUAUAGUUCAUGCGCGUGAAAUAAAAAGUGUGCAGUGACGUAUCAUGAAAAAGUGUCAUGAAAAAAAGGGGGGGAAGAGGUGUAGCAAAAUUGGCAUUCUUAAAUGUGCGUAACUUGAAUUCACGUUUUUGUCAAGGAACUUUAGUAGAUGGGAACUUCAUGCAUUGCUGUCGCCAAUGUUUGGCGGGCUACAUGUAGUAUUUAAUAAUACUAUAAAGUUGAAUAAAGACUUUGCUGUGUUGUGAACAGAUAGUUUAAGAAAAGCUGCAACAUAUCUUCCUUGUUGAAAUCUAUUCCUGUGUUAAUCUCUGCUCAACCUUUUUUGAAAAGUAAAAUAUAAUAAUUAUAAUAUUACACUUCCUGUAACUCUUCUUCCGGCAACAACAGUGGAUAUUUCUUGAGUUGUUAACUGUGCUCUGUUCCUUGUGAUAUUUUCAUUUGUCCUGUGCCCUGAAGAAGGCUCUGUGCCGAAACGUUCAAAUCUUAUUGUCCUGUCCUUUAUUUCAAGUUUUAACAUACCUCGUUUUGCUAUUUCAUUUGAAAAUUUAUUUUUAUUUUUUUACCAGGUGACCCAAAGGUGGCAUCUAACUUGCCCAGACUGUUUGAGAACCAACUGGCCAACACACUGGCAGACGUAAUGGCAGUUUCUGUUUUACGAAUAUCUAAUGUCAAGGUCAGAGGUGCAUUAGUGCUCAUAAAGUGUUUAAAUUUAGUUUCUUAAUUUUAAAAAGCAAAAUAAACGAAACAAAGUUACAAGGCCAAAUAAACGAAACAAAGUUAAAAGGCAAAAUAAACAAAACAAAGUAUUGGGGAAACCCUGGAGAAAAAAGGAUGCAACAAAACAGCAUUUUUUAAGUGUUCAGAUAAAUGUUUUGAAUUUAAGAGAAUUGAAAAACAUAAGGCUAUCAUUAAAUGUUACAAACAUAGUGUUGUUUUAAUACAUAAGGCAACAUACAAGCAUAACAACUUCUUUUAGUUUUGACCGCAAGCAUUUAUUUUUGAAUAUACCUGUAACAGAACAUAUAUGAAGAGCUUAUUUUCAAAAACGAGAUAUCCACCAUUUUCGGAAAAGAAAUUUACUUUUUUGUAGAGCAGACCAGGUUCCUUUAAGACAUGGUCAAGUUUAUUCACAAAACACAUUAUAUUCCUGUUUUUAUUCUUGUCUAAAAAAAGGAUUUAAUUUUCUAAACGCUGCAUGUAAAUUUUUUGUAAAAAAGUUAAAUAAUCUCAAAACCCCAUCACUAUGAAAAUCAGCUCUUCAUAUUUACAACAAAAAUAUACAUAAAUACUUUUUUUUUUUGCAUCCAUUAUUAACCCAGGGACCAACCAUAUGUGAUGCUUUUCUAUAAAUACGGUUUUCACACAGCGCAAAAGCUACUUCGCAUGUAGCAUUGUUUCUUUUCAAUAAAUCCAGUUACAUAACGUUCAAUUUAAAAUGACCUAAACAGAAGUUACUUAUUGAUAAACGCCCCAGUCAGACCGAUGAUGCGUUUCUAUUUUUCAUGACUGAAUGUUUUUCACAGCCUGUUUCAAGCUCCACUGGAGCGUGUGUGACCUUCACAUUGUAUGACUCACCAAAUGUCACUUUGGGAACUGUCAGCAAUCUCACCUCCACAAGUGAUUCAAUUUCUGCCCUCAAGAAGUUUAUGGAUAUGAGAACAAAAAUUCUUUUUACUGAUAACGUAAUUGUAUUUUAUUUACUCAUAUUGCUCGUAAGAUGAAAGUAUCUUAAACAUAAACUAUGAGCAGCGCCACCUAAAUAGCACUUACGCAACAAAGUCAAAUUUUCAAAACCCCCCCCCCCCCCCCCCCACACCACCACCAUUGCUUACGUACUAGGUACUAGUAGCUUUUGACCAUCCCUCCUCCCCAAAACAAAAAAAAAACAAACUACGAUAUCAAAUAAUUUAUAGACAAUUGUGACGUCAAAGAAAUUCAAAAAUAUUAAAAAAUAUGUGAUUGGUUUUCACAUACCACUGUUUGGUGAGCCCAGUGGUUCCCAUUUUAUAUGCAGCGACGCUCAGGGGCCAAAUUUCCCUCUGGCAGACCAUGAAAAUAGGGCGAAGAGGCCAGUCACCCCGGAGCCAACAUCAGGGAUGCCCAAAUUGUCUUCAGAUAGGACCUUCAUGGUCAAUUAAACAAAAAAAUCCCUUAUACUUCAGAGAGACAAGAUUUCUCAAUAAAUAAGAUUCUUUUUACUCAGCGGGGAGGAACUUUCUCUAUAAUUAAGGGGCACGGUCGGCAUCAUUUUCCAGCUUCACCCUAUGUGUUUUUUUUUUUAUUUUUACCCUUUAUUUCAUUUUGUUUAUGCAUUGGCUAUUUCAAAGUGUACUGAUUAGAAUUUAACACAGGGUACCUGGUGAAACAACUCAAUUUGGCAAGGACGCGGGGAAUCGUACAAUUUUAGAAACCAGUGAUGCAGCUGGAAAAAAAAUAUGUCACAUGCACGUUGAACAUAUGGUGGACUAAAUAUUUCUGCAAUACCACUACUACUGAUUACUAUUUGAGCAAUAUCUGAGUUCAUUUGUGAAAAUACAAAGCAACAUUAUGACAUUAAUUUUAAGAAACAUUGCGUGAUAUGUUUACAACUUAAGAGAUAUAACUAAUGCUAUUUUAUGACUGUUUCAUUAUGAUUACUAUAGAAUUUUUUAAUAAAUAUAAAUACUUUCUUCCAAGACACCCGCCCCCCCCCCACCAUUUGCAGGUGUAUGCAAAAUCUCUAUCAUUGACAAACCCCCACCCCCCAUUGCCCCUCUCCUUUCCCCUCUCAGUGCUCUUGACUAUAUGAAUAGCCCCUAAGCUUUCCUUAUUAGUACAAGUGAAUUCAGCAAGAUUUUGAUGAUGUUAUGUUAAGUUAUAUGAGCAGAUGAAAGUAGGUGGUAGCAAUAAUAACAUUGGACUUACAGGUCAGAUUGACUGGUCAGAUUGACUGGUCAGACUGACUGGUCAGUUCUUUUUUUUUAAAGACUAAUUUCAAAUUCAGGAAACAGUACCAAACUUUUAUUGGGUAAAAAAGACAUUUAAUUUUGUAAUGGACAUUUAUAAAAUAUAUGUCUUGGACAUUAAUGUCAAUAGCAUUUUUAUUCUUAUUCAUGCUUCAAAUGUAUAUAUAAGUAUCACCAUCAUAAUAUGAACAUUAUUCGGAAAUGGAAUGUCACCACAAUUAUACAUUUCUAAAUAUUUUAAUCCUGUUUAACUAUGAAUGUGAAGGGGCGCUGAUCAGCUAAUGUCACACGAAAAAUAUUGAUAAAUGCAAUGGAGGAAAUCUGUAACACGUUUAUUUUAUUUAUGCCAGAAUGUUUCCACAACAUUUGUGGGUGUUCCCUGGUCUGUAUGGAAUGAGAUCCAUUAUGCCAAUGGUUCUGUCAUAGUUUUUUCGGACCCUCUGGUCACAACAAGCGUGGUCAGCACAGAAGAUGUGCACUGGACGUCAACAACAACUUUGUCAGUUCCCCCCAUGACAACAACAACAGGGUCAACAGACAAAAAAAUGCCACCUCAAAGUGCUUCCCCUCUGGUGUCAUCAGCACUUACAAGGGAGGUAACCCAAGCAUCUGCAAGGGAGACAACCCAAGUACAGGCAGCAAAACAAUGUGUUUCAAUAAGUAUGUUUUCCUUGUUAAUUAAUUAUUAAUAGAUAAUUAAACAGAUAAUGAAAACGUCGGCCAAAUUUUAAAAUGUAACAAAAUGACCCCCCUUGAGUUUUUAAAUUUACUUCAUGAACAUAAUAACGUUAAUGUCUUAACUGAGACUUACAAUAUUUCUAGAAAAUAAAUUUUUAUCAACAAUUGGGAAUGUACAAGUGAAUUCAUUAAGAUUAUGGCUAUUUGUAUGUUGUCUCAGCAGAUGAACAUUCCCAAGAACAGUUUUGGUCUAUAGGUAAGUGCACCAUAAUACUAGGGUUGUCUACAGGUGAGUGUACCAUAAUACUAGGGUAUUGAUAUAUGGGUACGUGCUCCAUAAUGUUAUGGUUAAGUAGUAGGCUACCGGUAUAGAUGCACCUAUUUAGUAAGUAAUUAAUAUAUAUUUUAUAUUACUGGUAUCAAAAAUUCUGUCAGACAUAUUAAUGCUGACCAUCUCAAAACCCUGGCAUAUUUCACAUGUCGAUUUGAUGCUAAAAAUAUUCUUUUAUUUUGCCACACAAUUUUUUAAAGAAUUGUAAUUGUAGUACUUGUACAGUUGAACAAAAACCACUUUGAUUUUGAGGCAGAAACAAGAAAUUAACAAAGAAACAAGCAAUAGUCAAAGAGUUCUAGGAACUGGAUCCUUUAUCAGCACAUUAACCAAUGAUAGAACACAAGAAAAUUAGUUUUGAUGUUGAGGCAGAAACAAGGAAUUAACAAAGAAACAAGCAAUAGUCAAAGAGUUCUAGGAACUGGAUCCUUUAUCAGCACAUGAACCAAUGAUAGAACACAACAAAAUUAGUUUUGAUGUUGAGGCAGAAACAAGGAAUUAACAAAGAAACAAGCAACAGUCAAAGAGUUCUAGGAACUGGAUCCUUUAUCAGCACAUGAACCAAUGAUAGAACACAACAAAAUAAGUUUUGAUGUUGAGUGAGGAAUUUACAAUUAUUUGGUCCACAAUAUUUUUUACAUUUUUUAUUUCUAUUUGAGUAAAGAACAUGGAUCAACACUUGGAUUUUUAAAAAUAACUAUUUUCAGGGAGAAUUGCUGGCCUUUCUGUUGGAUUGUGUCUGGGUGGUGUCCUGAUUGGUGUCAUACUGGCCAGGUUUACCUCCAAGUGCAAGUUAAAUGUAAAAUUGAAAAGAUCUGAGAGAUUUACAAGAGGGGGACUAGAUUACAGCAUGAUGUAGACUUGAUUACAGCAUGAUGUAGACUAGAUUACAGAAUGAUGUAGACUUGAUUACAGCAUGAUGUAGACUAGAUUACAGCAUGAUGUAGACUAGAUUACAGCUUGAUGUGGACCUAACUACAUAUCACAGGAUUAGCAAAAAAAUUGUUUUAAAAAAACUGACAAAAAAAAUUGAUAAAUACAUAUGUUCACCUGAUCGCCAAAUUUUUUAAAUGUAUUUUGAAUACAAAUUUGACAAAGGACAUUAAAAAGAAAUGAAAUAACAAUUAAUUAAUACAUAUUUUUGUAAUUGUCAAAUACCUGCA